AUUUUAUUUUAUUCUUAAAAGUAAAACACUAUGCAAUUUUUACAGCUGUCAAUGAUUUGAUUAUAUUAAUAUUUACAUUUACAUUUAUAUCCUCCUCUUUUCUUUUUUUUCUUUAUUCCUUCCUGUCUUUUCAUUUUCUUCUUUACAACUAUUCAUUACAUUCAUUUUCUAACAUUUUGUUUCAUUGAUUAAACUAAUUUACAGAGAGAAAAAAAAAAACGAAUGUAAAUGUACAAACAUAACGUAUCAUGUAUUAUAGUACUAUGCCUUUACGCAUCAUUGUUUAUACUUGCUGUUGCAGCGCAACAAACUAAUGUGCAACAUACAACAAUGAAUUUAUCAGGCCUAAUUAAAUCUCCACCACUGAACAUUUACAACAAAUAUCUUGGUAGCAAUAAAAAAAAGGAUUCUAUAUUUAAACAUUCUGCUGACAUUGUAUAUGUUUUAUCAAAGAAAGAUAAAGUAAAAAAUGAUAAAGAUGCAUCGAUACAUAAUAAAAAAAAGGAAAACAAAGAUGCAACUUCUAGUGUAAUUGCUACUACUACUACUACUGCUGCUGCUGCUGCUACUACUACUAGAAAGGUUAAACAUACUUCUUCCUCAGAAGAAUGGUUGAAAAGUGUUGCUACAUCAACUUUAAUCACGCAACAGGGAAAACAUAAAAGCAAUAAAUUAGAUAAGCUGAAACAUACAAUGAAAGAGACUUCUGAAGUCACCGAUGUGAAAACAAAACAUAAAAGUAAAAUUCUUCCUUCAACAGAAACUAUUACAACCCAUAAAAAUGAAAAGACAUCAACUACUAUCAACGCUCAACUAUCCUCAACAAGUUUAAAGAAGAAGAUCAAAUCAUCCACAAAAACAAAACUAGCAACUAUUACAAUUUUUGAUACAUCACAUAAAAAACAUGACAAAAAGUUGCUUACUAAAAAUAAAAAACCAAAAACGUCAAAUACGAAGAACUCUAAAAUCAUAAAGAUCAAAACUUCAACUACCUAUUAUCAAGCCAUACCCUCCUUGACAUCGGAUUAUUCAACAAGUUCAGUCACAUCUAUGGCUAAGAGCCAUAAUAAAAAAGCAAUGAAGAAAACUAAACAUAGUCAUCAUUCUUCCAAACAUGUAAAAAAUACCAUCUCUUCAUCAUCAACUGUAGAGUAUACUACGUCAGAAUACUCAAAAAAUCAUCACCCUUCUAAAACAAGUUCAUUGACUGCUACAAUAACUAAACCUAUAACCACAUACUCUACUUCUGCUGUAACAAUGCAGAGUACAAAAGAUAGAUUAGAUAAAUACCUAUCUUCCACAAAUGGAAAAACAUCUACGUCUACAUCAAAGAUCCAUUUAAAUAAGCAUACAUCUUCUACUAAACAAGAAAUUACACAACCUCCAAUUCCUAUUAUGACUAGCAGCACUACUGCUACUUCAUCAACUAGUCAGAGGGAUACCACAACUAGCAAGAUUUCUAUAAAGCAUCAUAUUAAAAGCAAAUCUCAUCAUAGGAAAUUUAUAUCAUCUCAAAUAACGCCUACAUUAUCUAAGACAGCAACAACAACAACAACAACAACAACAACAACAACAGCUACUACUACUUAUCACAAUAUAACUCCUACAAUUACAGAGAAACAUAAAGGAAAAAUAAAGAGCUUAUUGCAUAGUAACAAUAAAUAUGUCUCGGGUUUUUCAACUAGUGUUAGUUCAUUUUUGAAUACGAAAUCAAGUAAAACAACUUCACUUGUAAUUUCGUCUACGAAUUCAAUAAACGAUAACUCGGCAACUAUGAGCAGCUUUACUUCAAUAUUGAAUAAUAUGGAUGGCGAUUUGAGGUUGCAUCCAACCACUUCAGUAUCUAGCAUAUUAUCCAGUACUAAAGAAGAUGAUAUAAGCACAUCCUAUAUAAGUUCUACUAGCCAACAGACAUUAUCAACUACUUUAAAACAUUCUAUGCCUACGAUUACAAAUAACGCCAAAAAACAUACAACUAUGUCAUCGAAUAUGAAUCCCAUAAAAACAUCAAGUAUUACAAACAAUAAAGUAUCUAUUAACUCUGAUCCUACUAUAACAACUACAUCACUAACCCCUUCAAAAACUACAUUUACGCAUAACGCAAAUUCCAUAUUCAUAUCAAGUUCUCCAAAGCCCAAUGAUACUAAUAGCCGAACAUUGACUAACUCUUUUCCUUACUUAACAAAAGAUCCAACAUCUACAUCUUUAUUACCAAAAACAAUCGGAACAGUAUAUAAAUCUUCAAAAGUACCAUUUUCUUCUUCGAGCUACUCAACUGUAUCAUCAGUAUUAAUGUUAGAUCUAGACAGGAAGUCGACUUAUAAAUCAAGUACAAUGACUACUAUUACUGCUGCUACUACUACUGCUAUUAGUAUUACUUCUGUUAGUAUGCCUACUUCUUCUACUACAGCUACUGCUACAGCUACAGCUACUGCUAUUGCUACAGCUACUACUACAGCUACUACUAUAGCUACUACUACUGCUACUACUAUAGCUACUACUACUGCUACUACUAUAGCUACUACUACUGUUACUACUACUACUACUACUGCUGCUGCUACUGCUACUACUACUGCUAUUGCUGCUACAGCUGCUACCGCUACAGCUACUACUACAGCUACUACUACUGUUACUACUACUACUGCUGCUACUACAGCUACUACAGCUACUACAGCUAUUGCUGCUGCUACUACUGCUACUACUAUUGCUGCUGCUAGUAUUACUUCUAGCGCUAGUAUUACUACCUCUCCUUCUACUACUUCUUCUUCUUCUGUCUCUGCUGCCACACAUAUCAUUACUAGUACUUCUUCAAAAACUAGUAGCACUAGCGCUAUUACUACUCCUUCUAUUAUUGCGACAAGUAUGAGUACUAUUUUUACUGAAGCUUCUGCUACUACUAGUAUGACUACUGUUUCUGUUGCUGCUAGUACUAGUAACACUAGUAUUAUUGUUGCCACUAGAAUCGCUGCUGGUACAGUUUCUAGUUCAACAACAACCAGUACAGCAGUAACUACUAUAUCGCCAUCACAAAAAUAUUCCUUUGUUAUCUUCAACUCAGCCUAUUGUCUCUACCAGUAGUAGACAUGUUUCUGAUUUCUCUAUUAUAAAGACAGCCUUUACUUCUAUAAAGCCUACCCUAACAUCUACUAUUGUUUCAACCC